UUGAAUCAGUUGUAUAAUCCAUGGAUAAAUUGACAGAUAUCGAACGCGCCUUUCUAGGAAGUUAGCCACUUUACUGGGACGAUUUCGACGAUUUAAUAGAAAGUUAUUUUGGUGAUAUUCCACCUGAGGAUAUCGGGACAUUUGUUGGGAAAAUUAUUGAUUUGCAUAAAAAUUUAGAGGUGAUUAAAGCUGCUCGCGAAAAAGUGAACUGUUCGAAUUGUGCUGAAAGAUUUGAAAUAACCAAGAAACUAAUAGAAAUAACUGGCAACUUACGUAAAACUGCGUAUACAAAAGUAUCUUGUUCACAUUGUGCGGAUAAACUAAAUCUAAUUGACGACUUACUUAAAACUGCGUGUACAAAAGUAUCUUGUUUAAACUGUGUGGAUAAACUUAAUUUAAACCAAAAACUGUUAGAAAUUACACAGAAGUUCCAAAAACUUGAAUUACGUAUCGCUCAACAGUAACUCUACAAUGAAUCGUAAACGAUUGAGACUUCACUCAUGCGACGAUUUAUGUGAUCAUUCUGCGCAAAUCGAGUUCGAUGAAGUAAGUGUUUCAUCCAGUAAUAGUGAAGCUUCUAGUGAAGCUCCUAGUGAAGCUACUAGUGAAAUAUCUAGAGAAUCUUUUAGUGAAUUUGAUAUUUCCAUAGACAGCGUUGUUAGUUUGAUGAAAGAAGAAAUUAUUGAUAAUAGAGAAGUUAAAGUAACAUAUUCUCAAUUUAAAAACUUUUUAUUAAUAAGCUAUGAAUAUUCUGAAGACGAUCCGGAUAGUCCACCAAUUGAGGCUAAACUUAGAAUUCUAUAAUUUGCCAGUUCGAAAAAAAAAAAAGUGAAAUAUGGAAUACUUAAUUGAUUUUACCGGUGAUAUUAUGCCAAACGAAUGAAUAUCAAUUCAAUGGUGUUUAUGAGUGUGACUAUCAUUUAUUUAAGCCUCCAAUCACUAGUGCAUCUGUAAUUAAGCAAAAUCUCGACUAUAAUGGACGUCGUCAUGGAAUUAGCUGGGAUGUCGGUAAAACUGCGUAUAAUGUACUUGGGGGAAUUUUUAAUAAUUUAAAGUGUUAUUUGAGCUAUUUAUAUGUUGAAGGUGAACAAAACAAAGAAUGGCUUGAAAAAUUAAUUGAUGAUCCAUCUGUUGUGAUAAUAGAUUUAACGAAAAUGCGUCAUUAUGUGAAAUUAUGUAAAGUUAUCUCUUGAACGAAUCGACUGAAAUUAUGUGAAAUUAUGUGAAAUUAUGUGAAAUUAUGUGAUGUUAUGUAAAGUUAUCACUUGAACGAAUCGACUGAAAUUGUGUGAAAUUAUGUGAAAUUAUGUGAAGUUAUGUUGUUCUCUUGAACGAUUCGACUGAGAUUUAAUAACUCUCUUGUCAGCUCACGCAUUGAUUACGUCACUUGUCAAGUUCAUUAAUCUAAUAGCUAAUUCACACCAAGUAACAUUUUCGUCACAUAUCGUCGGUCUAAUUAGCAAUUAGUCUAACUGUUUAUUUUUUAGAGGGUGAUCUUUUAAUAUUUUGAUGU